AUGGGUUUAUCAGCCAGCAGCAGCAAAGAGCCAGUGACAAUUGAAGAAAAGAACCAUGAAAGGCUCAAGGAGAAAGAGGAACCUCAAACUUCAAAGAAAGGAAAGCAAGCUAUUGAGGAACAAUCACAAGCUUCUAAGAAGGAGGAGAAACCAUACACUCUUGCCAUUCUCUAUCCUCAAAGGUUCAACAGAGAGCUUAAAGAUCAACAGUUCCCAAAAUUCCUAGAGGUGUUUAAGAAGCUGGAGAUCAACAUUCCACUUGCUGAAUUUCUAGAACAAAUGCCUCUAUAUGCAAAAUUUCUCAAAGAGCUCAUCAACAAGAAAAAGACCAUUGAUAAGGCACUGUAUGAUUUGGGCUCCAGUAUUAACCUCAUGCCUCUGUCUAUGAUGAGAAGGCUAUCUAUAGAAGAAGUGAAGCCUACACAAAUGUCAUUGGAGCUAGUGGAUAGAUAUUUGCCUACUGAUAAAGAGAAAAGUUGUAUGAAGGUUGAAGAGGAAGAUAUACACUGGAAAGAAAAACCCAAUGAAGAGAUCAACAGCUCAUCUGCAAAGCAAGAGAUAGACAGUGGAGAAGAAAAAGAGGGUAAGGAUUGGGAAAGAGACUCAGAGGGAGCUCCAAGCCACUUGAGAAGAAUAAAUCUCAUACCAGAAGCCAAAGGUUGGUAUGAGAUAGUGAGAAGAUCCAUUCUCCCUACUGCAAAUACAUCUGAGGUCACCAUCAAGAGAGCAAUUCUGACCUAUUGCAUACUUAGGAGAGGAGAAGUCAAUGUCCCACAGCUCAUUGCGGAUAGUAUUCAAGAAAUAGCUGAGGAUACUGGUAAAAGUAGACUUGGACACCCAAGCACUAUUCUGAGGCUGUGCAAAAGAGCUGGAGUAUUCUUCGAGGAUGAAAACACUGAGAAGGUAAAAGGGAGUAGAGGGAUCACCAAGCAAAGCAUGGAGGGUGUCACUGAUGACACUGAUAAUCAGCAAGAGAGGAGAGCUCAAGGAAGAGGGAGAAGACCACAGGUUGAGGGGGAACAAGCUCCUGCUGCAAUGGACCUAAGCCAAUUACAAAGAGCCAUUGAAGAAAUAUCUCAACAACACAUGAGAGCAGAGCAAUAUCUGAGGCAGCAAGAGCAAUACAUGCAACAACAAGAGCAAUAUUUGAAGGAUCGUGAGCAACAACUGCAAUGGCAGCAGGAAAUGAUGGAGAUCCAAGAAAACUUCCAGCUUCAGAUGUUAGAUCAACAAAGGGAGUUUCAAGCAAAAGUUUUUGAGGGGCAAAAGGAACAAUCAGCAAAUGUUCAAGAAUCAAUUAAUGGAUUGUUCCUACGACAGGCCAAGUAUGGGGAGUACACCCAAAAUCUCUACCAAUGGAAAAACAUAUAUCAUACAAUUGGAGAACAUAGCUAUGUGGAUAGAAUGGAGUAUGAUAUAGCAACUCAAGCAAAGUUGGACUACGUAGUCCAUAGCAUGCCAGCAUUGGACCAACAGAUCAAGCCAUUUUAG